AUGGAAGCUCUGGCAAAGAUUGAAGCCUCUUACAAUCGUCCAAGUGGUAGUGUGGGCGACCAUCCCGUGAGGGUGGUUGUGGGGUUUCCUCAAAGAUUUACUAGCUCUAUGAAGGUUUUUGGAUAUCAACAAAGUAACUCGGAUCAUAUUCUGUUGUUGAAACAUAAUAAAGAGAAAAUCACUGCUCUUAUUGUGUAUGUUGAUGACAUGAUAGUGACAGGAAAUGAUCCAGAAGAGAAGGCUGCGUUACAAAGACAUCUCGCUCAAGAAUUUAAAAUGAAAGAUCUGGGUCCAUUGAAGUGCUUCCUAGGAAUUGAGGUGUCAAGGUCGAAGAAAGGUAUUUUCUUAUCUCAGCGGAAAUAUGCCUUAGAUUUAUUAGAUGAAACAGGAAUGUUUGCUUGCAGUCCAGUUAGUACUCCUAUGGAGGAAAAUUUGAAACUAAGUAUGGAUUCGAAUCAAAUCCCUGCUAACAAAGAACGUUAUCAGAGAUUAGUAGGCAGACUAAUAUAUCUUGGACAUACUCGACUAGGUUUGGCUUAUGCAUUAAGUGUUGUCAGUCAAUUCAUGCAUUCCCCAAAAGAAGACCAUAUGAAUGCUGUUAUUCGCAUUUUGCGAUACUUAAAGUCAUCUCCUGGAAAGGGUAUUAUGUUUACAAAAGGGAGUAGCUUGGAUAUUAAAAGGUAUACCGAUGUUGGUUGGGCUGGAUCAGUUGAUGAUAGAAGUUCUACAUCUGGUUAUUUCACAUUUGUGGGUGGAAAUCUAGUUACUUGGCAGAGUAAGAAGCAAGAGGUUGUAGCCAGAUCUAGCGCUAAGGCUGAAUACAGAGGGAUGGCUAAAGGAAUAUGUGAAUUAUUAUGGAUCAGGAAUUUAAUGCAAGAUUUACAUAUUCGGCAGGUCGGUCCUAUGAGCAGCGUGCGAUAUUGCUCAUAA